UCCAAGUCGGCGCCCCUUCCCCGCUCCCAUGGGGACCACGGAAGCCACGCUGAGGAUGGAAAACGUGGAUGUGAAGGACAAAUGGCAGGAUGAAGCUCUUCCAAGGCCGCUCCCGGAGGAGACGGGGACGGACUCCCUCGGCAGCCCCGCAGAAGACACGGCCUCCCCGCCCAACACGCUAAACUUCAACGGAGCCCAUCGUAAGCGGAAGACGCUCGUGGCCCCCGAGAUCAACAUCUCGCUGGACCAGAGCGAGGGCUCCCUGCUCUCUGAUGACUUCCUGGACACCCCUGACGACCUGGACAUCAACGUGGACGACAUCGAGACCCCCGACGAGACGGACUCGCUGGAGUUCCUGGGGAACGGCAACGAGCUGGAGUGGGAAGACGACACCCCCGUGGCGGCCGCCAAGAACAUGCCCGGGGACAGCGCGGAUCUGUUUGGGGAUGGUGCGGCUGAGGAUGGCAGUGCAGCCAAUGGGCGCCUGUGGCGGACGGUCAUCAUCGGAGAGCAGGAACACCGCAUCGACCUGCACAUGAUCCGGCCCUACAUGAGGGUGGUGACCCACGGAGGGUACUACGGCGAAGGUCUCAACGCCAUCAUUGUCUUCGCUGCCUGCUUCCUCCCAGACAGCAGCUCCCCGGACUACCAUUACAUCAUGGAGAACCUCUUCCUAUACGUCAUCAGCAGUUUGGAGCUCCUGGUGGCGGAGGAUUACAUGAUCGUCUACCUGAACGGGGCCACCCCCCGGCGGAGGAUGCCCGGCAUUGGCUGGCUGAAGAAGUGUUACCAGAUGAUCGACAGGAGAUUGCGGAAAAACCUGAAGUCCUUGAUCAUCGUCCACCCGUCCUGGUUCAUUCGCACCGUGCUGGCCAUCUCUCGGCCUUUCAUCAGCGUCAAGUUCAUCAACAAGAUCCAAUACGUGCACAGCUUGGAAGACCUGGAGCAGCUCAUCCCCAUGGAGCACGUGCAGAUCCCGGACUGCGUGCUUCAGUACGAAGAGGAGAGGCUCAGGGCCAGGAGAGAGAGCGCCAGGCCGCAGCCGGAGUUCGUCCUGCCCAGGUCUGAGGAGAAGCCAGAGGCGGCGCCGGCUGAGGACAGGUAA